AUGACGAGCACGACAGAGACAGGAAUGGUAGAAGACAAGACAGCCGAUGAAGCUGGUGAGGCGAGGAAUGCGCGUGUCUCGUCCCGCGGAUCGUCUCCGCCGCCAGCACGCGACCAGUCGAAUGCAGACGAAGGGAGUGCCCUCGAAAAGACGACGAGCAAGAUCGAAAAGUAUCCGACGGGCGUCAAAUUGGCCGUCGUCUUGCUGAGCAUCUACCUCUCCGUGUUCCUGGUCGCGCUGGACAGAACCAUCAUUGCUACCGCCCUUCCUCAGAUUACGGACAAGUUCCAAAGCUUCGGCGACGUCGGCUGGUAUAACGCCGCCUUUCUGCUCCCCACGACGGCCCUUCAGCUGUUCUUUGGACGUCUGUAUACGUUCUACUCGCCCAAGUGGAUCUUCAUCAGCGAGGUCUUCAUUUUCGAAAUCGGCUCCGCGAUAUGUGGCGCGGCGCCCAACUCGGUCGCCUUCAUCUGGGGACGCGCCGUGGCUGGGUUGGGUGCUGGGGGGUUGUUUAACGGGUCGAUGAUUCUGAUGAUGUACAUUGCGCCGCUUCAAAAGAGACCUCUCUAUAUGGGGCUUCUUGGUGCAGUCUUCGGGGUGGCUUCGGUGGCUGGUCCUCUGCUUGGAGGAGUGUUCACGACAAAGGUUUCGUGGCGAUGGUGCUUUUACAUCAAUCUCCCCAUCGGCGCGAUAGUCCUUGCCUUUCUCUACUUCGCCGUCGAGGACGCCCCGCCCGCGCUGGGCGAGCUUCCGUUCAGGGAGAAGCUCUCGCGAAUCGACAUUCCCGGCACGCUCGUGUUCAUCCCCUGCAUCGUCUGUCUGCUUCUGGCCUUGCAAUGGGGUGGCCAGCAGUAUGCAUGGUCGAAUGGGCGUGUCAUCGCCCUUCUCGUCCUGUUCGGCGUCCUCCUUGUCGUAUUCAUCGUGAUUCAGGUCGUGAGACAGGAAUCCGCCACUGUGCCGCCGCGAAUCGCCAAGCAACGCACAAUCGCAACGGGAGGCUUCUACGUGUUUUGCCUCGGAUCUUCCUUUAUGAUCACCGUCUACUACCUGUCCAUUUGGUUUCAGGCCAUCAAAGGCGAUUCGGCCAUCAGGUCAGGGUACUCUACAUUACCCUUCAUUCUCUCGCUGGUCGUGGCGUCGAUCCUCUCAGGAGCGUUUGUCAGCAAGAUAGGCUACUACAACCCGUCGGUCCUGGCGGGGGCGAUUCUCGGGCCGAUUGGUAGCGGGCUGUUCACCCUGUUCAAGGUCGACACGGCACACCCGAUGUGGAUAGGAGUGCAAGUGCUGUUCGGGUUCGGCGUCGGGGUCGGCCUACAACAAACCAACAUCGCCGCUCAAGCGGUCCUGGAGAAGAAAGACGCUCCCACGGGCGUAUCGCUGGUGUUUUUCUGCCAGGGCUUGGGCGGCACCAUCUCCGUGUCGCUGGCCCAAAACAUCCUGGACAACAAGCUUGUCUCCGGACUCCGAGGCAUCGGCGACAUCACCGCACACGACAUCGUUCGCACGGGGGCCACUGAGUUGAGGAAGGCGUUCACGCCCCAACAGUUACCGGAGGUCUUGAGAGUGUAUAACCACGCGCUGGUGGUUGUCUUUUACGUCGGACUGGCGUUCUCCUGUGCCGCGGUCUUUGGCGCGCUGGGGAUGGAGUGGAAGACCUUGAAGGCAAACAAGGUCGAGAAGAAGGAUGAGGAGGGCCCGUCGGCGGAGGUCGACGCAGUGAAAGCUGAGUGA